GAUAUAUUUCAUUUCGAUUAUUGCUCUGCAGUGUAUGAUAUGUCCAGAAAGCCCGUCGUCGUUGUAACUGGUGCUUCCAAAGGCAUUGGCCUUGCUGUUACCCGAAUCUUGCUAGAGGAAUUCGGAGCCCAUGUCGUGACACUCUCCAGGUCUAAAUCGCCCGAGUUGCUCAAACUCACAAAGGCUCAUCCUGCGGCCCUGCUUGCAAUCGAAUGCGACGUUACUGACGCUACUGCUCUUUCCCGCGUAAUUGGUCUGGCCGAGAAGACGUAUCACAACAUCGACGGUCUCAUUCUAAACGCUGGGGUAUUGGAACCUAUGGGGAAGAUUGGCGACCCUAGUAUAAGUUUGGACUCUUGGAAACAACAUUUCGAUGUGAAUUUCUUCUCUUUGGUUACUGCACUGAGGGCCGCACUCCCCGCUUUGCGCCGAAGCGACUUAGGUGGCAGAGUUGUCUUCGUGAGCUCAGGUGCCGCCGUUGGGAACACGGCCGGAUGGGGUCCGUACAAUGCGAGCAAGGCUGCUGUGAAUAGUUUAUGUCGGACUUUCGCACAAGAAGAACCUGAUGUCGUAUCUGUCGCGUUGCGUCCCGGCAUGGUAGAUACGCCCAUGCAAGCACAAAUCCGCGAAAGUGGGGCACCUCAUCUAACAGAGCAGGAUUUCACCAAGUUCUCUUCCGCAUAUGCAGAAGGAAAGCUAGUCAAGCCCGAAGAUUCCGGAUAUGUGAUCGCUGCACUAGCACUUCGGGCCCCAAAGUCCUUAAGCGGACAAUUCGUCAGCUGGAAUUCAGAAGACUGUAAGGAUUUCCGCAGAGCUUGAGAAGGUGUAGGCAAGUAAAAGAAAUCAGUGUACCCAUACAGAAUACACGUGCACGAUUCAUUGCUCUUUGCAUCGUGUCCUAUCAGAUCGAUCGUGACUUUGACU